CAUCACGCACUGAAGAUUCUCACCAGCCUGGACAGCCAAGGUGGGGUCUGCAUGUAGCAGGGGGGAUGAUGGCGGGGGAAUGAGCUCCACGGAACAGCCAGGAACUGCCGCCGGCCCGGCCUCCGGCAGCAUGUUCAGCUGGGUCAGCAAGGAUGCCCGCCGCAAGAAGGAGCCGGAGCUCUUCCAGACGGUGGCCGAGGGGCUGCGGCAGCUGUACGCGCAGAAGCUGCUGCCCCUGGAGGAGCACUACCGCUUCCACGAGUUCCACUCGCCCGCGCUGGAGGACGCCGACUUCGACAACAAGCCCAUGGUGCUGCUCGUGGGCCAGUACAGCACAGGCAAGACCACCUUCAUCCGGCACCUGAUCGAGCAGGACUUCCCGGGGAUGCGCAUCGGGCCCGAGCCCACCACCGACUCCUUCAUCGCGGUCAUGCACGGCCCCGCCGAGGGCGUGGUGCCGGGCAACGCGCUCGUCGUCGACCCGCGGCGCCCCUUCCGCAAGCUCAACGCCUUCGGCAACGCCUUCCUCAACAGGUUCAUGUGUGCCCAGCUGCCCAACCCGGUCCUGGACAGCAUCAGCAUCAUCGACACCCCCGGGAUCCUGUCUGGAGAGAAGCAGCGCAUCAGCAGAGGUACGCGGCCCAGGCCUGGUGUCGCAGGUGCCUCCUCCUAGCUGGCACCUUCUAGCC